AUGGCCAGGCCACAAAAACACACAGAUCGUCAACAUGGUGGAGAGCGCGGCAAGCAAGCGACGGCGCCAGCUCAAGGCACGGCGCCCCCCGGCAGCGCGCCACCUCCGACGCAGCAGCGCACCGGCGACGCCCCUGCGAGCACCGCGCCAGCAGGCGACAGCAGCGGCCAGACGGGUAACUCAGCGUCCGGCGCCACUUCGACGGGCAGCACCAAGACGGGCGCGACCAAGCGCGUCUCCUUCUUCAGCGCCACCGGCAAGACCUCAGACGCGGACAUGCGCGAGGCCGACGGCAACGCCUCGGCUGACGCUGCAACCCAGGAAACUGAGGACGUCAGGGGGCUCAUCUUCGCAGGCAUGCUUCGGCAGGAGGAGGUCGAUGUCCCCGACUUCGUACUCCCUGAGCGCCCAUCGCAUUGGAAACUGCCAACCCCGCCGGAUCUCAAGACCAACGCGUAUCUCGUGGGAGUCCCAGGGAUCGUGAACGACAUUCGCGCGGGUGCAUUCGCCAUGGAAGGCUACGGCAGCGCGUCUACGCUGAUCGGCUUCGAGGAGCUCUCCGACGAGGAUCUUCAGGGGUUGAAGGAAGUCUGUGGCUCCAACGCUGGGAUCGACGUCCUGUGUCCACGUCGUUCGCCUCUUUCCGCAUUCGAGUUGGACAACACCCUGAAUUCCAUCGGUAUUCGACGCGAGAUGGCCUCACUCCUGCGUCACUUCAACAGCACAAGGCUCGCUGAGCGCGUGUUCAAGAUGACUGGUUACCUGCGUCGAGUCCUCGGGGCCUACCGAAACAUUCGUUCUCUGGCUGACUCUCAGCAGGGUUUCACCGCCACUCAGGAAGUAGUCGACACGCGACGCAAGUACAACGAACUGAAGCGCGCCUGGAAAUUCACGUGCGACUACUGGUUCCUGGAGGUCCAAGAGGCCCUGGGUAAGGUGGAUGAUGCUGAGUCCAAGUACAAAGUCGCGCUGGACGAGCAGAAGACGCGGUACCAAGACGAGAUUGAUUCUCUGGAGUCCGAGAAGACGCAACUCAAGGCGCGCCUUGCCGACUCUGAGGCACAAGUGCGAAUCCUGAAAUCGCGUCUUGAGUCUCCCACCGUGGACCCCUGGAAGUUCUCCGACUUCCUGCAAGAGCACACAUCCUUCACGGGUAAUUGGGAGUGCCUCCACGACCUCUUCAAGCUCUGCAUCAAGAACUCGAAGCCUCCUGAAUCCUGGGACACUGUCGUCAACAUCACGGCCAUGGACAAGCGCAAGGCUGCGGUGGCCCCGUACCCAGAGAAAAGCACAUGUAUGCCUCCGUCUUCGGGGUCUGGAUCGUCCGGUCGUCCUGAAAUUCUGGAUCUCACGGGUCCUGGCAGCAAGCCUCGCAGCGGUCCGAAGACCGGGGGCGAAACUCAGGAUUCCAAUAAGUCUCAGGGUUCCAAGAAAGUUCAGCGUCGCCCCAAGGAUCACCAACCAGGCCGCGACUCUGUGCGUCGCGCCGGUGAGAAGACGGUGGUUUCCAAGGAAGCUGCCCAUUCGAUGCUCCCUGGGGGCGUUGUCUGGAAAGAGGUUCGUCCGGACGUGCGCCAAGCUAUCCUCACGGGGCUCAGAUACGAUUCUGCCAUGGAGUGGAUUGGCAGCGACCGCGUAGCUCACGGGCACUUCCGACAGCCGCAGCUGAUCAAGAUGCUCGUGGGCAUGAUGUACUGGCGUCGCCUUGACAAGACCCCCUGGAGUAAGUACGUCCCUGAGGCUUAUUACGAAAUGGCGGAUGAACGUCUGGACAGGUGCCUUCGACGCGGUGAUGUGCCACCACCCUGGGGGAACCUCGAUGACCACAUGGUGUACCCUGAUGAGGACUGUGGACGACAUCGAGAACGACCGGACAACCAGGCUCCCGCCCAGGGACCUGAGGAGAGCGCCUCUAGCGGGAGCUCUGAGGAGGAGGAGGGGAAGGUCGCCCCUGAAACUCUGGAGGACAUCGAGGAUGCAGAGGACGACGACGACGCAGAGGACGACAAUGAGGUAGAAGAACCCCUGGAAGUCAAGCCUCCUGCUAAGCGCCCCCGUUCUGAAUCAAGCAAGAAACCUCAGGGAUCCGACUCGAAGUCGAAGAAAAAGCGUCGCACAGGAAACAAGAAAGACACUUCGUUCUGGUGUGAGUUGGUGGCGGCCGAAGACCCUGAGGACAACGAGACUUCCUGGCGCAUCUAUGGGGUUCUUGUGCAAUACCCAAGCUCGACCAAGAGUGCGUCUUGCCAGACUCCUGGGUUCCCAGAAUACGAGAUCCACAAGUAUUCGUACGACGUUGUUCACGAGCGCUGGGACCGUGAGGCAUACCAAGAACGAGAGCUGCUCUCCGCGAAAGCGCUCAAACUGAUGGAGGACGUCGUGGACGUCAUGCACAAGCACGCACAGGCAAUCUGGGAGCGCCGGCACUGGGUGCCUAUUCCGACUGAUGAACAAGCAGACGCCACCAUGGAAUCUCAGCGGAAGUCGCGUCGAAACGCGCUACGCAGAGUGUACAAGACGCUCGUCGAGCGCUCGCGCAACACCCCUGGGUUCAUCCCGUCGUUGUGGCACGAACCGGGUCUCUGGAAGUUCCCGGACAAGUGCUGCUACUGGAUUUGGGAGGAUCCCAGGGCCAAGAAACUCGGGGGAGCUAAGUGCAAGGACUUAGACGUCAAGCUAGCGACGUUGGACAUUCGUGAGCCCGCUCGAGUCCAAUGGAACACGGCGGCUGACGGCGAUAAGUGGCUCCAAUACGUGCCGAACGACACCAAGCGCCACAUCAAGCCCCUGGCUAUCCGCAGGCUCAACCCGCUGUCUCUCAAGCACUCGUGA